GGGAUUCAGGAAUGAGAGAGCUCAGGGGGAACAGUGAGAGAGGGGCCUGUUAUAAAGCCAAGUCCUGUCACUUUGGGAAGAAUUUGUAGCCAGUGAGAGCGGGCUUUGGGUCCGAAACAAGAGCCCGAUGAGCCAGUGACUGUCUCCAUAAUUCUCCUCAGCGGUGUAUCAGUGUCGUGGGACGCAGGGUGUUGAAGUUACUCCUGCAGAGUUACAGUCCCAAUUGUGUCCUGUGAGCAUGACAACAAAGCAGCCAUGUGGACGAAAGGCUGAGGCUCCAGGCUCCUAACUCCUCUCUGUACGGGUCAAUUAGAUUGCAGCCUGCGCUGAAAAGAUGACAUCUGCCACACCUCCUUCCUCUCGUAGCUCCUCUCCACAUAAAGUUUGCCACUCGCAGACACAGACAGAUGUCUUAAAACCUUUACUUGGUGGUGGCAUAUCUAGUGGGGGAGGGUCUCUGAGGAAGAGGAGACGUGUCCUGUCCAAAGAUGGGCGAAGCAACGUGCGCAUCGAGCAUGUCAGCGGACGGAGUGCUCUGUACAUGCGUGACCUCUGGACAACAUUUCUGGACAUGCAGUGGCGCUACAAGUUCUUCCUGUUCACUGCCACUUUUGCAGGGACCUGGUUCGUGUUCGGGGUGCUGUGGUACCUGGUUGCACUGGUCCAUGGAGACCUUCUUGAGUUUGACCCUCCAUCAAACCACACGCCCUGUGUGAUGCAGAUGCAGACGCUAACGGGGGCUUUCCUCUUCUCCCUGGAGUCCCAAACAACCAUUGGAUAUGGUUUUCGCUGCAUCACUGAGGAAUGUCCAGCUGCCAUAAUCCUUCUCAUAGUUCAACUGGUUAUCACCAUGCUCAUGGAAAUCUUCAUCACCGGUACCUUUCUGGCCAAGGUUGCCCGGCCAAAGAAGCGCGGUGAGACAGUGAAGUUUAGCCAACAUGCUGUGGUGUCCGCCCACGAGGGCCGCCCCUGCCUCAUGAUCCGGGUGGCCAACAUGCGCAAAAGUCUCCUGAUUGGGUGUCAGGUGACUGGAAAACUGCUCCAGACGUCUCUGACCAAGGAAGGGGAGACGGUUCGUCUGGAUCAGAGAAAUGUCCCCUUUCAAGUGGACACUUCCAGUGACAGCCCCUUCCUCAUCCUGCCCCUUACCUUCUACCAUGUCAUCGAUGACAACAGUCCCUUGAGAGCUUGGGCAGCCAAGGGUGGUGGCUGGACUGACCCAGAAUUGGCUGACUUUGAGUUGCUGGUGAUCAUGAGCGCCACCGUGGAGCCAACCUCCGCCACCUGUCAGGUUCGCACCUCCUACCUGCCAGAUGAGAUCCUCUGGGGCUACGAGUUUCCCCCUGUAGUUUCCCUGUCUCCCUCAGGGAAAUAUGUAGCAGACUUUGCCUUCUUCGACAAAGUGGCCAAGACCAAGACCGCCCCCAUUUUUAAGCCAUCCAGCCCCCAGCACGGGUAUCAGAGCAAUGGAGGGGGGACUGUACCUGAGGUGACUGAUCCAGAGAAGAUUCGUCUGGAGCAGAGCUACAGGGAACAACGAGGAGAGGACCGAGGUCGGGUCAGGGACGCUCCUCUGAGUGUUCGCAUCAGCAACGUGUGAAGAGUUUGUUUAAACCAGAAGGUUUAAAAAGCAACAGGAGACGUCGCCAAGUUCAGUGUAAAUAACAAAUCAGUGAAACAUCAUAUCGAUGAACAGAACAGAUUAAUGCUGACUACUGUAUGAACAUGUGGAGUAUGUUAUUGUCAUAUGCUUGCUGGGUAUGACAUAUAUAGAUACACUCACUUCACUGUAUUCAUAUGAAGGAAUAACGUCAUAACUACAGUUCUUUACAUCUGAUCACGGCACAAAUCCAUUGACCUCACAUACACUACAUACAGUUUUAACUCAAAAAACUACAAUACAAAUGAUACAAAAAUCAAGUAAAGAAGAUGGAAAUCUCAGUGAGCACUAACCAAGUUACAAAAAGGUGUGAGACAGUGGUGUUUAAUUUUCAUUUUUUCAAAAGUAGAGCAGAAUAAAGAGUGGGUUUGGAGACGUUAUUAUGACGAAGUGAGAUGGAAACACCCGCCCACUUAAGUAGAAGCACUGAACCGUGUAUAAUACGCCUAAAAUGUAUGCAAAUGUGUGAUAAAUAUACAUACCCUGUAAACAUGUAUGUACAAAGGUCAUAUGACUCUGAGUUUUUGCAGUAAAACACAUCAGCUGUAAAAGCAGUUUUUCUGCCUCUUGCAACCCCCCACACCCCAAUUUCCUCUAAAUGAGCAACGUAUUUUUUGUAUUUCCUGGUAAAAACCCAAACAUGUACUGUAAUAGUUCAAUUAAAUGUAGCACUACAACUGAAAAGUAGACAAAGAUGAUACAUUUUAUGUUCAGUAUGACCUGUAUGUUGGUAAUGGUGUUUGUAUUUCAUGAUUUCUGUCAUGCGUGACUGCUGUUGCUGCUUCAGAACAUAGCACUUUAUGUAUGUGAUGUAAAUUUGCACCUUGAAAGGUUAAGGCAAAUGUGUGUUAAAUUUUGAGUCUACUAAAAGCACUCAAACACUGAAAAUUGUUAGUGUUAAAAACAGAUGCUUAAUUAUUUAACAAAUCAAACUGUUAUGUCUCUCUAGCUUUAAUAAUGCUAAUGUGUCCAGAUAUGCACAAACAUUAAAGGAACUUGCCUUUA